CACUCUCUGUAUAGUGAGUGGUCUCUUCACAUCGCUUUCUCCCCUCUACCUCUCUCUCUCUAGGGUUUCAGAUUCUUCUCGCGUUUUAUAUUUUUUCUACAAUUUGCUACGCGGUCGAUGUCCACUGGUCUCCACUUCAGAUUCAGAUCCUCUACGUGUUCUAACCUCGAACCGAUCCGAUCCCUUUUUUAAUCCAAAUUUCUGGACGAGAAAGAUCCCCUUUUUUUUGUUUAGUUUCGUUUAGAUUUGAUCGCGAAAUGAUGCACUUUUGAUUAUUUAUCAGCUCAGCAAAUGAAUUAAUUACAACGAAAACCGAUUCAUUGUGCGUGGCUUUGAAGAUCUGGCUGUAGAAAGACAUAAGUGGGACAACAGUUUAGAUGGUAUGCAACAGUUGUUUAAAGAGUGUAAUUAUUCAAACUAGGCAGUUAGGGACAAUAUUAACCCGGAAAAGGCUGCAUUUACGAAGUACUGCAAGGACUUUAUAUGCCGGUGGUGUUGGAUCAACUUUUUCGUGGAAUCGUGACUUUCGAACGAGUACUAAGAUGAUGGUUGAUUCAGGUGCCGCGGCAAGCCAGGGUCCUGUUGUCCAUAAAUUCCCUGAGAAUGAUGAUGGUGGAUAUGUUAGUGGAGGGUGGAAAAGUGAGGAUGGAAAACUAAGCUGCGGUUAUUCAAGCUUCAGGGGAAAGAGAGCAACCAUGGAAGAUUGCUAUGAUAUCAAAACUUCCAAGAUUAAUGAGCAGACAGUCUGCUUGUUUGGAAUCUUUGAUGGGCAUGGUGGUUCUCGUGCUGCUGAGUAUUUGAAGCAACAUCUUUUUGAGAAACUAAUGAAGCAUCCACAGUUCACGACUGACACCAAACUUGCAAUAAGUGAAACAUAUCAACAGACUGAUGCAGAUUUCUUGGAUUCUGAAAGAGAUACUUAUCGAGAUGAUGGUUCAACUGCUUCAACUGCAGUGUUGCUUGGUAACCAUCUAUAUGUUGCCAAUGUUGGAGACUCACGGACUAUAAUAUCAAAGGCUGGAAAAGUUAUCCCACUUUCUGAAGAUCAUAAACCAAAUAGAAGUGAUGAACGGAAGAGAAUUGAAAAUGCUGGAGGGGUUGUUAUGUGGGCAGGAACUUGGAGGGUAGGAGGUGUAUUAGCUAUGUCUCGAGCUUUCGGUAAUCGAAUGUUAAAACAAUAUGUUGUUGCCGAACCAGAGAUUCAGGACCAAGAGAUAGAUGAAGAGUUUGAAUUUCUUGUGCUUGCUAGUGAUGGAUUAUGGGAUGUAGUGCCUAAUGAGGAUGCUGUUUCGCUUGCUCGAGUAGAAGAAGAACCAGAGACGGCGGCUAGAAAGUUGAUAGAGACAGCAUUCACCCGAGGGAGUGCCGACAAUAUAACAUGCAUCGUGGUGAGGUUCCACCACGACAAGGCAGAUCGACCCAGUCCCGAGCCCCAAGCGCGUGAUUAGAAAUCCUUGUAGUACUGCAUAUGCAUGUUUAGAUUCAUUGGAAAUUUAGUUUUUAAGCUUGAAAUCUGGCCAAUGUGCAUAUAUAACAAGGUGACUAUUUACUCAUUCAUACUCGUGGAAUACAUGGACCGAAUGCCCUGUUUGUUCCCA